GAAACCUGCAUAAUGGCAAGGUGGUCACGCUAACUCGCGGGCCGGCGGCAGUUCUUCAAGCUUUGACUAACAUCCACUGAAUACCGCUGCUUCCACUACACUCAUAUUGAUUGAGGUGCCUGGUUCUGCCCUGCCAACAACGUAGCUCCUUAGACAUGGUUCUUUUGAGGUUUGCACCAUCUCCUACUGGUGCUCUUCACCUUGGUGGACUCAGGACCGCUCUUUACAACCACCUGUUUGCCAAAAAACACGGAGGCAAAUGGAUUCUCAGAAUAGAAGACACAGACGCGGCAAGAUAUGUUCCAACCGCGGUGGAUGGCAUUAGGAAUGCAUUGGCAUGGGCUGGUCUUCCACAUGACUUUGGUCCUGGAAUGGAUGGUCCGCAUGGGCCAUAUUUCCAAUCAGAACGGCUCGACCUUUAUCAUUCAUAUACGCGAAGGCUCCUAGAAUCUGGUCACGCAUAUCGGUGCUUUUGCUCGCCCGAUAAACUUGCUGCUACUCGCGAGAAGCUUGCUCGUAGGGGGUCGAAUGCCACUUACGACAAGUCCUGCCUCCAUCUCACUGAAGAAGAAGUCGCGCGGAGAGUACGCGCUGGGGAGAAGUCCAUCGUUAGGCUGAAUGAUGACAACCUCCCAGAGCGGUCUUCACCCACUGAUAUCGUCUUCGGAACCCUUAGGGAUGCGCAUGCAUCGCUUCCAACAGAUCCUGUUCUUUUGAAAUCUGACCUGUUCCCUACGUACCAUUUGGCGUCCAUUGUUGACGACCAUGAGAUGAAUAUCACUCACGUCCUCCGUGGAGAGGAAUGGCUACCUUCACUACCACUACACCUCGAUCUCUAUUCAUGUCUAGGCCUCAAGCCCCCUCAGUUCGCGCAUCUCCCCAUCCUCUUGAACCCAAAUGGAACGAAGAUGUCAAAGCGUAACGGAGAUGUGUCUGUCCUAGAUUUCAUGCGCCGUGGUUGGGAACCAGAAGGUGUUCUGAAUUGGCUCGCACUGGCCGGGUGGGGCGUGCACCACGAAAAUGGCCGUGCUUCUCCACCCGGAACGCCCUCGACUCAACCUCCCGACAGUACAACUCUUAUGACGCUUCCAGAACUCAUCGAUCAAUUUGAUUUAUCUUCCCUCACGCACCGCAGGAAUGUUCUUGAUCCUGCAAAGCUUGCAUAUCUUAAUAAACAUCACCUCAUGCGGAGCUGGCAGAGCGAGCAAGGUAUCGCCUUCCAGGCAAAACGAGUACACGAUGUUGUGAAGGCUGCUUUCCCUCAUAGUCUAUACACUUCUGUGGAGUACAUUAUGCAUGUGAUCGGCGUCUUGCAGGGUCGCAUAACGAAUCUUCAUGACGUUCCUACACUCGCCCCGUUCUUUUUCGUGGAGCUGGAUUAUACGUUACCCGAAGCGCACACCAUGAAACGAGGGCUGUCAGCUGAUGACUACGGCAAGUCGUGCACCAUCCACCAUGUGUUGCGACGAGUUAUUCUGCAACUCGAGUCUUCGUCACCAUCUACCCAACCUGAUAUCGCAGUUUUCUUGCACGAUGCGUGCGAGAAAACAGGCCUGAAGUCAAAAGUCUUCAUGACUGCUUUGAGGCAUGCGCUAUCUGGGAUGAAAGCGGGACCCAGUCUUCCUGAGAUUAUUGACGUUCUUGGCACCGAACGGACAGCAGAAAGGCUGAAACUGGCGCUUUCAGCACAUAAAACUAGCGAUUCCACAUAA